CUGUCAAAAUUCUUUUUCGUACACGCUAGCGCUAGUGCACGUGUAUUUUUUGGUUUUCGCUCGAUACAGAGUAAAAAAUGGAUAAACCUAACGUUCUCGCUCGCGUGGUCAAGGUUCUGGGCCGCACUGGCUCCCAGGGACAGUGUACCCAGGUGAAAGUCGAGUUCAUCGGAGAGACCAGCCGUCAAAUCAUCAGGAACGUUAAAGGUCCCGUACGUGACGGCGACAUUCUCACCCUCCUCGAGUCUGAGCGUGAAGCUAGGAGACUUAGAUAAGCGGUAUGCACCAAUAUCUACUCUAGGAUAAGGCACUAUGUAACCCAAUUAUAUACUAAAAUUAUUAUGUAUAAACAUCUUAAGAAACCGUCAAAGAUGACCCGUCAGUGAACAGCUUUUUCCAUCUCAAUAAAUAAUUACAAGCUA